AACUGUCGUUGCGGUAAAGCUUUGAGUUCAAACAGGCUAACAGAAAAGGUCGGCAUGCCGUGAUAACCAGGCAUGAGCGGAACAGGAACUUAGCUUCAUUCGCACGUCAAAUUAAAAAAACAAACCAAAGGGAAUAACAUCUCGUUUUAAGCCUGAAGAGUCAAUGUCAUCCUCUGAAGGCCCCUGUUAGACCUCGUCACCACAGAAACCAAGACGGACCACUCAGAGUUCUGCUGGUGUGAAAAGCCUUGAUUCCAGCUGAAGAAGAACCAAACUCAGGGAGAUGGCCUCACCCUUCGUGCCUGUCCCCGUCCCCAUGGACCGAGCUCUGUCAGGCGGCAAGCUGAGGCGGCCGCAGCGCACCGCGUCUCUCGGAAGCGUCUCUAGCAGCUCAGAGUCCUCGUCCCCCGUCACCAGGUCAGCGAGGGAAGAGCGGAGAGGAUCGGGUUCACAGCGGCAGUCUCGAUGCGCGGACAGAGCCAACCGCAGCCUGACGCCCCCGCCCCUUCAGAGCCCCGUGACGCGGGCCAGGCUGAACGGGACGCUGGACACUUCUGUCCAGUACUCCGCCUGUCCGCGGUCGGCUUCAGAUCCUGCUGGGAGCCAGCAAGCAGAGGAGAGGCCGAUCACCCCUACGGUGCUGGGGUACGAGGUCAUGGAGGAGAGAGCCAAGUUCACGGUUUAUAAGAUUCUGGUCAAGAAGAGAUCGGAUGAGAGCUGGGUUGUGUUUAGGAGGUACACAGAUUUCUCCCGACUCAACGACAAGCUAAAGGAAAUGUUCCCCGGCUUCCGGCUCUCGCUGCCUCCUAAGAGGUGGUUUAAAGACAACUACGACACGGACUUCCUGGAGGACAGGCAGCUGGGACUACAGGCUUUUUUGCAGAACUUGGUUGCACACAAAGACAUCGCCAACUGCCUUCCGGUGAGGGAGUUCUUGUGCCUCGAUGACCCACCUGGGCCUUUUGAUAGCCUUGAGGAGAGCAGGGCGUUCUGUGAGACUCUGGAGGAGAGCAACUAUCGCCUCCAGAAGGAGCUGCUGGAGAAGCAGAAAGAGAUCGACUCCUUGAAGAGGAAGCUGGAGGAGAGGGAGCAGACCAUCCUGAUGCUGGAGAAGCACUUCAAUGGGGGAUGUGCGAGCCCGGGGUCCUCAUGCGGUCUGUCGGCUCAGGGAAGUGAGGGCAGCGCAGACGUGGAUGUGGAGUCCUCUGCGGCGGAGGCAGAUCAGGACACACCUGACGACACUGGCAGUGCGGCUGCAGUCUGAAAGCAGAGCAUCCUUCCCUGUCAGGGACAGGUGUCGGCUCCAGCCCGUGCGGUCCUCUGCUUGCUGGUGCAGGCCGUCACUGAGCAGCUCUCCUCCGGUCAUCCAGGUCACUCAGCUGUUCCACAACAAAGCCUAAGAUCAGCUCCAAGCCCUGUCCUUUAUCCUCUCUCUCUUUCGCCUCCAUCAUCCUUCUAUUUUCCAUGUUUCAGGCUGGAAGUGAUGUUUGACCUGAAAGAGUCGGGAGUUUAUUCCCCUGCAGCAUAAAGUUCAGAGGAAGUAGCAUGACUCUGACUUUAGCUGUGGGUUAUUUUAUCUGGCAACUAAAACACUUAAACUCCAAUGAAGCUGAUCCCUUUGCUCUGGAAUCUCGAUAUAAAUUUCUCUUGACUUCGACAAACUGGAAGACUUUAUUUCUUUGAAAAUCUGACAAUCUCCAACUAAAUUAACCAUCAACAUCUCAGACAUUUCUUUGCCUUUUGAGAAGAAAUCUUCUCCGAACUGAUGGACAGCACCUCCAUGUGGCUGUGUGAGCAGAUCAUCAGGUUAAGCUCUGGGUGGUUCAAUAUGCAGGUCCCUCGUGUCAAUACUUUGUUCUGCCACUGACUUAUUAUAAACCAACAUUUUACCAUUUUGGGCCAGUUUGCAUCCAGAGGCCAUCAUUCCCUCUUGUUUUAAGUGCCAAGUGUGGUAUGGAAGCUCCAAACUGCAGAACCAAUGUGGAGCACAUAGCUGAUAUGUAAACAAAUCAUUUUAAUGACGUUUAAACGGAAGAAAAGAAUGAACCUGUCCUGUUAAUCCAAUCAUUACUUAAUAAUGUAGCUGAGGUUGAAUUUAACAUUUCAGCCUGUUUACUUCAGUGGUUUUCCUCCUUACCUCCUUAUGUUAACGUGCAGCUUUGGUUUGAUAUGUGGGGGAUUUGACAUGAACAUGCACUUUAAGAUAUUAGACUCUGUUAUUGAUUCAUGUUGAAAUGAUUUGCUUUUGAUGCUUGAUGUGUUUAAUUCUCUAUGAAAUAUGUCAACACUAAGAAUUAGUUUUUUUUUUUUUAUUAAAACCACACACCUCGUUGUUUUAUCAGAUGAUGUGAUCGUUCAAGAGGCUUCCGGUCUCCACUUUGUGUUGAGAUUUAGUCAAGUGAUGCGAAUCGAACCCCAUAUUUUACAUCACAAAUGGUGCUAAUUUACUUGGCAAAAAAAAAAUUAAAAAAAUCCUCCACAGCUGGAAGGCUUGACAGACCGCAGGUCUAAAAAAAAACAUCCCAUCUAGACUGCUUCCUGGUGAACCAGUCACCAACACAAGCCAUAGUUUUGUAAUCUAACUCUGAAGAGGCGGACGUAUGGCACGGCGGCCAUGUUAGCUGACCAUCUGUGGCUUCUGGCUCUUCAAUCAUCAGGUAAUGAGGGGGUUUAAGGCCUGGAGCAGGUCAGGUUAUGCACUUUAUGGGUGAAUGACGAAGCUUAACGGCUGCUCUGAUGUUUUUACUGUUUCCAAGAUGGAAGACGUGCCCUUUUGAUCACUACAAGCUUCUGAUUUCUUACCAGGUUUAAAAUGUUAAUGUCUGUCUUGUUUGAUUCGUGCUUUGCUGAGUAAUGAAGUGCCUUGAAAGGUUGUUUUGUUAUCUUUUUUUUCUUUUGGCUUUUGGUUGAUUUGUGCAGGGCAUGAAACAUAUCCUCUCUCCCUCUGAUGGAAAAGGUUUUAAAUAACAAUUAUGUGUGUAUAUAUAUUAAUGUUUUGAAUAGACAGAUAUACCAUGUUUUUUGUAAUAUUACACUACACCUUAGCUUAUUUACACACCUGUAGGCUCAAUUUAAUAUGUCUGAUUACAUAUAACUUUUGAUCACAAGAUUUGAAAAUGAUGCUGUAGACACUGUUACACAUGCUGCUUAUAAGGUAAAUAAAUAUUCACAUUAUUAAAGAGAGAGUAACAU